ACUUCAGCAAGCAAAAAUCUUUCUUCCUUGACAAUUCAGGAGCUUCUAGGCAGUACAUUGAGAGAAAAGAGCAUAACAACUUCUCAUUGAAGAUGGCAACCAAACUUCUUGAUCACAUUAUGGGAAUUCCAGUCAUUGCUGCAACAUACACAGUUUGGAAGUCGUCAAGAGCCAUUUCAUCCAAGCCAUACAACCAUAGUCAAUCUCAUGUGCGUUCUCCAGCAAGUGUGUCUUCCAAGCGCAAUUCAGUGCUUAAAAGAAUGAACAAGUUGGGAAAGAAAGCUGAUGUUUUCGCACACGGCAUCCGAGAGCAUGUGAGAUUAAGUUCGAAGAUCUCUGAAACUGUGAAAGGGAAGCUGAGUUUGGGGGCAAGAAUUCUCCAAGUAGGAGGGAUGGAGAAAGUUUUCAGGCAUCUGUUUAGCGUCAGAGAAGGGGAGAGACUCACAAAGGCUUCCCAGUGUUAUCUGUCAACAACAGCAGGUCCUAUAGCAGGUCUCCUCUUCAUCUCUACGGAAAAAGUUGCCUUCUGCAGCGAGAGGGCGAUAAAAUUGCCAUCCCCAAAUGGAGAAUCUGUCCGAAUCCAUUACAAGGUGUCAAUCCCACUUUCCAAGAUAGAGGAGGCAAACCAAAGUGAAAAUGUUGAGAGGCCGCCAGAGAAGUACAUACAGAUAGUCACGGUCGACAAUUUUGAUUUCUGGUUCAUGGGGUUCUUAAAUCAUCGGAAGACACUGAAGCACCUUCAACAGGCAAUCUCUCAAGUAUAGCAGGUAUUGCAAGUUGGUCACUCGUAAUUGACAAAAGAGCUGCUCGCUCUACAGCCCACUGCGCCAAUUUUAUUACUUGAAAGUGGAAACUACACGAUUGUAGAAAAUGUAUGGAAUUCUGUUAGUAAAGCAGCUGCUAAAAUUCAAGUUAUCCUGAAUCUUGCUUCCUGAAGAACAAAUUAACUCCAGCUUAUGAGCCUUUCAACUUGCUCAUUACAAGCCGAUUUCAUGAUUUGAGACAUGUUCAUCCUCUUAACUGAAGAAAACUAUCCAUAAGGACGUAUAUUGAGUAGAGAGAGAAUUUCUCUCCAGUGUUUAUCCUUCUUCAGGACCUUCCAGAAUACAAGUUGAAAUGAACCUAUUGAAGCUAGAAGCAAAUGACAUUCGGCAAAUGCAGAUAGCAUAAGGAUGCUUAAAAUCGAGGAAUGGAGCCAUUUGCUGAAACAAUAUGACCCUCUUGAGAAACAUUUCAUCACAUAUCACAUGUUACCUUAAAAGUACUGUCUCCAAAUACUGGCUCAGUUCCAAUAAGAUUCCAUUCCCUUUCACUCCCUCAAGGGUAGCCUACAAUGUGUAGCAUCCGCAUCCUUUCUUCUAAUCUUCAUGGGAAUGAAAAUUUUAAGUCAAGACAGAUUCCCAUGAUCCUUUAAACUAAAAAACUUGGAUUAGUCAAAUAAGCUGGAGCAUGUCCAGGCAAUAGCAGAACAGAGUUUUUACAACGUCACUCGUCACAACAACCAAAAAGUCCAUUGCUUCUUCUGAUAGGUCAACUAAACUCUCUUUCAAGAUAAUGCAAACCAAACACCGAGGAUUUUCGCAAAUUUUAUAAGGUAACUUGCACGUGGAGUGUUAGCCGGAAUCGAACUUCCAGCCACUGACCAAGAUGGAGAAUACAUGUGUUGAUCAAAUGCAACUUAUCCCAACAUCCUCUUCUGUGUAAUACUAUAUCUUAUCCAUAAUCUCUAGAGGAGAAUUUGCAGAAAAUAUACAGAUAAGGCACUGCAUUAAUAUGCCAACACCCAGCAUAUGAAAAGGAGCAUUGAAAAGUAAUAAAAUUGUUUGAAUGUCAUGAAAGAAAGCAAGUUUGCUGCGAUUUACAUAGAUAAACUUCUGGUUACAUAUAACUCAAAGGAAAUGACUCUCCAUCCCAUAUGCACAAGAACUAGGAAUAGAUGGAUACCCCUUCGAGUUGUGGUAUAGCCCCCCCGACAGAUGUACACGGUAAGUCUUGCAAGGAAAAUCCAUAACUGAAACUUUUUUUGAUCUCCCACGGCUGAAACUUCAUCAGUUUCUUUUUGCACUUGAAAAUUAGCCAUGCCCAGAAGUAGUUCAUCAGGUUGAACUCGAUGAACAAAGAUAGGAGCCGUUCUAGCAUUCACGACAUUGCUAGCAUUAACAACAGAGAACUCUCGACACCCCAAGGACCAAUCACUGGUCGAACAAACAGUUCUACAGCAGGAGUUUCGUCCAGCAAACCUAGUAAACAGCCCUCUCAACCACCAACUGGCCCUGCCAGUGUCAGUAUUUACGGUGCUCCAAUGAUUGGGCAAUUGAUAGGCGGCCGCUUGUUUCUGCUGCCGGGACUCCAGUGAACCUCCCUGGUCCCUCACAUAUGGUAUAUGGUGUUAGAGCCCCGGUGCCGGGGGCCAUGGUCCCUGGUGCACCCAUGAGGGUAGGUCACAUAACAUAUCCGAUGCCGCGUGCAUCAGCUCAGAGGUAAUCUGUAUACGAGAUGUAAAUGAAAGACUGAAAGGUAUAUUGGUUGUGCUCUGUCAUACAGUGAGGAUCACUACAUAGAGUCCUGUUCUGUGAGGUCUAUUUUCUCGAUUCUUUGGUGGCCUUCGUUUGGCCUUGUAUCUAUUUUCUGGAUCGUCUCUUCUCUGCUUUCGAGUAGUGCUUGUGAGAUGAAAAUAUAUUAUUCUUGGAAAAUCAAACCAGUUCAAGUUCUCCGAUUGUUAAA